AUCCUCCAAUUUCUGAGAGCUCUACUUGGUAAUUCAAAAUUUCAGUUGUAGGGAAGUAAAUCAUGACUAGUUGUUAUUUCAGUCAAGAGCUAAACCCAAAUACUUUCAAUCUAUUUGACCUUGGUUAAAUUUUAUUAAUCACUAGUGAAUGUCAAAUACUUCUCAAUUCUCUUAAUUUUUUUAUAGGUCAAUCUUAAUAAAUUAAUGGUUAUGAUAAUUUUUCAUGUUUAAAUUUAAAACCUCUUAAAAAUUUCUUUAGUGUCUCUUAAUUCAUCAGCUAAACUAACUACAUAGAACUUUUCAAUUCUCUCUAUAUUGUUGCGUGUAGCGUGUUUGUAUAUGCGUGGAGUUUUAUCUAUACGUACAGCAAUUCAAAAGCUAGGAUUUGUUGGUUCACAAGUGUAUUGGGACACUAGAUUUCCACCAUAAUAUGAUAUCUAAUGUCAAUCCAAACAGAACAUUUAUAUAUUCUUUGUUUUUUUUUAUCCAAAGAGCCCACAUGUAUGCAUGCGUUACGCGACAAAUUUCUUAUGGUUUCUACUUUCUAGCUAAUAUAACGUACAUAUAGAAAAGAUUACCAAAAGUAACCAAAUCAGAACAGAAAAGCAAGUAGAAAGAAACAAAGUUUUAGCUUCUUUUUGGCUUUUGCCAGAGUAAGUUUUCCUUCACCAAUCAAUGUGUAGUAUCAGAUUCCCACCAAACUAACAGUUCUAAUAUAAACUAGCAAAAUAAAUAAUAUAUAAGGUAUAAAAUCAUAUUCCAUUUCUCAUAAACAUACACUCUACCAAAAAAAGAAUUAGAAGCAUGAAGUUCUUCAUAUACCUUAUGAUUUCCCUUCUCUUACUUUCUCAAUAUUCAAAUGGCUCCAAUCUUAUCUUUAAAUCUUGUAACGAAGCCUCCAAGAAUGACCCAAAUUUGAGCUAUGAUUUUUGUGUUGCAUCCCUUAAUGAAGCUUCUUGCAAGAGCAAAUCACACCCCUCCAAACUUGAAGAUCUUGUAGGCUUGUCAAUUCGACUAACCAAGUCCAAUGGAACAAAUAUCAUUUCCAUAAUUUCAAAGCACUUGAAAAACCAAACUCAUGGUGAAUAUGUGAGAGCUUGUUUACAAGAUUGUUUUGAUCUUUACAAUGAUUCACUUUCAUCUUUAGAAGAUGCCAUGGUUGCUUUCAAUGAAUCGAAGGAUUUCGACACGGCCAAUAUAAACGUGAGCGCUGCCAUGGAUGAUUCGGUUACUUGUGAAGAUCAGUUCAAAGAAAAGAAAGGUGAAAGUGAAACUUCUCCUUUAACAAAAGAGAACCAUGUUUACUUUCAACUCAAUGUAAUAUCUCUAGCUUUCAUUGAAAUGAUUCGUCAACGCAGAUAGUCUUUUUUAUAACUAUGAUAUUGGUGUGAAGUAUAUAACAACUUUGUUGAUGACAAGUAUUCAUCAACUUUGCCAAUAAGUAAUUAUACUAUAAUACUUGAACAAAUUUUAUUGUCUUGAAAAUUGAAAAUUACAGAUAAAAUAAAAUAAAAUUAGUCCUCCUUUAUAUUUUUAAUAUAAGUGGCGAAUUUCAUUUUUACAUCUCUAAUUUAUAUUGACAAUUCAUUUUUUUUAAAGUAUGUUGUUAUUUUAUAUAUGAUUUUUUAUUUGUCAAAAGAUUGUAUUGAGAUUGAAAUUGUAAUUAGUGUGAUGGUUUUCAUAUGGAAGAGUGGCUUUCUU